AUGUCAUUGAAUGAUAUAUUGGCCGCUGCAAACCAAUCAGUUGACGAUUUGAUAAACCAAUUAGAAACCAUCCAUCCCUCUUCGGAAUCAGAUUCCAGCAUGACGACUGAACCAUUGAACGUUGAUGACUCGGUUGUUGCUCUAGAACAGCCGGUCCAUCCAAUAGGCCCAAAACCAUAUGUCUCUCCGCAUAAGGGUAAACCACUACCGGCUAUACAAUUUUCACCGUCCGAUUAUUCGAUUAAAUCAAUGCCCAAUUUAAACUACAGUGAUAGUGAUGAGGAGACUGUUGUGCAGUCUCCUGUACAACAACACCAUCCAAAUUUCAACAGAAACGAAUCUAUGAAAUCAACAAUCAGUACAAAUGUCAAAUUGGACACCAUCAUAGUCAAUGAUUCCAUUGAAAGUGAAGAACCAACUAGGGAAGAUGUCAAACUAUCGCACCAACAUAAGAGGUCGUCGUCACUCUCGGACUUUGUUGGUGGUAUCAUAAGGUCUUUUUCGAGCAACCAUAUCCAAUCCCGGAAUUUUAGUAGCGCCACGGGGAAUACUGUCUUUGAAUCUGCAGAAGAAGGGUAUGAUGAAGAAGAUGAAGAUGGGAAAUAUGAUGAUGACAAUGUGCAUGGAGAUAAAGAAUUUCAAAACGAAAAUAGCAUGGAUGAAGACAAUGCAGAUCAGGAACAUGUAGAGAUGGGUAUAGAUGAACACAAAGAAAGAGAAGAUUCUUUUGACUCGCCCAGUUCACAAUACUCGGAAGAUUCAAUGGCUAAUGAAACAAUCCAAAACGAUACUAUAAACAAUGCCCCUCUUGACAUGUUUGAAGAAGAGAUUGAAAAAUCUGUUGUUGAAAAUACUGAAAUUGAGUCACUUCAUGGUGAUUUCCAGCUGGAUUUGCCGUUUGAAGAUGACAUUUUCGAUACUGAAUUCAUUGAAUUUAACAGAAAACUAAACUCCCGGAAUUCAUCGAAUACUAGUGCUUCAACUACCUCAAAUCGAAUUGUUAGUAUAGAACGUGGAGAACAACAAGAGCUUUUGAAUAUUUGGUCAAAACAGAAAAAUUAUAACGUACCAAUCAAGAAACACGUUGAAUUUGAUAGUAUUCAUACACCAAUUAAGAAAUCCCUAAUUGUAAAUACAUCGAAUCCAAAAUCAGUCCACAUAUUAAAUUCAAAUUCUAUCUAUGAUAAAUUAGAGGUUCUUCCAGUUGGUGUCAAAGGAUAUCACCAUGUUCAAGUACGUAGUGUAAACGAUGCUGUAAGCGACAACGAAUCUUCACAUUCCGUGAUAAAGUAUGAUAUAAAUGAUGAGCCCGAGGAGCUCUCAUUGCAACUGCAGGACUUGACUGUCGAUCUGAGUGCCGACUCGGAAACUUCCAUUCAAAAGGAGAUAGCUAAUUGGGAUCCAAAACCAGAGCCUAACUUUCAUCACGAGAGGAACAAGUCAAGCAUUGAUGUCUUGAAAUCUGUUUGGAGUGAAAAUGAUCGUGAAAGUUCACAGCUGUCAAAUGAUUUCUUGUAUCAGUUGACACAUUCAGAUACCUUCCACCGUUUGAACAAGAAAAAUAUUGAAUCUUACCUAUACAAAGAAACAGAUUUUGAAGCAGAUAACGUAAGGCUUAUGCCACCGCCUCAACAUCAACAAAUCUACCAGUUUAAUCAGAACGAAAGUAUGUCUAGAAUUGUGCCUGGCUUAGGUAUAUCCGAAGGAGUAUUGGAGUAUGAGGAUGAUGAUAAUGUUGAUGAUAUUGAUACCAUUGGUUCGAUUCACACUUCAUUAAAGCCAAUUGAAUUUGAACAACAACAAAAGUCUCCUAUAUCUCCUGCUCGUGAGAAGAUGAUUGCACAUUUCCAGCAACAAUUAAGACAAAAGAAAGAACAAGAAUCACACAGAGAACUACAGCAUCAACUACAAUCACAGAUUCAUCAACAUGCAAAAUCAGUUCAAUCAUCCCCUGUUAAACCGAUUAAGUUUGAACACAAAAAGGUCAACAAAUCAUAUGAUCCGAAUAAUGAUUCUGUUGAUGAUAUAUUUGAAGAAUUUGCUGAGUCUCCAUCAAAAUCAAAACAGAAUAUUUCUCAUUAUGCAAUUGACGAUGAUCAACUAAACCCAUUUCUCGAGCCAACUCCCAAACCAGUAACAGCGACUCUUGCAGAUUCAAAUUCACACUCUGAACAUCAGGUUGAACAAGCGAAGGUUCUAGAGGGACGGCUAUUUCUAAGAAUUCAUGAUAUAAACUCCUUGAAACUCCCUGAAUUGGAGAAAAGAAAUGCUAAAUUUCAGUUGAACAUAGAUAAUGGUAUUCAUUGUAUUAAAACUGAGUUUAUUAGCAGUAAGAAUGGUGUUAUUCCGAUUGAUAAAGAAUUCGAAUUGAUUGUAAAGGACAAACUCGAUGUUAUAAUAACAAUAAAAGUGAAAUAUGAUAAACCCGUUGGGAAAACCGUCGAAGUGGUUAGUGAACGCAAAGUUAAAUCUAAAUCCAAAUUCGGUAGACUGUUGGGUAAGACUGAAGUUGAAAAAGUUCGUCGAAAAGUACAACAACCACCAGAAAAGGACUUAAUUGCCGAAUAUACCGGGAAUGAUGGGUCUUGUGGGAAAUUGAAAAUAACUUUCAGUGAGUAUCACGAUAAAAUACAUGGAAAGCCAGCCACUUUUUCAUUGACAUGUUUCAAUGAAUGGAAAACUACAGUAUCGAAGAGUGGGUCUGUUGUUAAUAAAGAACCAACUCCUAUUUGUUCCUGUCGUAUACAAAUGUUGUAUAUUCCAAAGACGUUGGAAAAUGAAACACUACCUGUUAGCAUCUCCAAUGCAAUGCAUCAGCUGAAAGAGGUGAGAAAACUUGGCAAUUUAUCCCAUCAAGGUAUAAUGACCCAAAUAGGUGGUGAUGUGAAAUUAAUGACUAGAAGAAGCUUUAAAUUGGAAAAGCAUGACCUCCUAGCGUACAACUUAGAGAAUCAUAAACUAAAGGCCAAAAUCAAUCUGAAGAAAGUUACGGAUAUUCUCACAUUGCCAAACAACGAGUUCAUCAUAAAAUUCGCCAACCAGGAAACCAUUUCCUUUACCUGUGAUACCUCUCAAGAGCGUGAAGCGUGGGUGCGUUCUCUCAAGGAAUCUAUGACCAUCCAUCUUCUUAUGAAACAGCCAUGGCUGAAAACCGUAAUGGUUUCUAUGGAUGGAAUAGCGGUCUAG